AUGUUAUCACAUUUAGAUGAGAUUUUCACAGGUAGCGAUAAUAAAGCUUUAUUUGAUCGUGGAGUUAAAGAUACAAUCAAAGCUACCAUGGAAGGCUACAAUGGUAACAAGAAUCAACCUGGUGUGAUUAAGCAGGCUGUAGAUACCUGUAACGAAAAAGAAUUUCUACUCAGGGUAUCAUACAUGGAAAUAUACAAUGAAAAAAUAAAUGAUUUACUUAUUCCUGUUAAUAAAGAUCUUAAAAUUCAUGAAGACAGAUUACAUGGCGUUCAUAUUCCUAGUCUCUCAGAGGUUGUGGUCACAAAACCUUCAGAAGUCAUGAAGGAGAUUUCACGAGGCGAAUUAAAUCGUCAUACAGGUUCAACAAAUUGGAAUGAAAGAAGCAGCCGUUCACAUACAUUAUUCAAAAUGGUAAUUGAAAGUUCUUCAAAAGAUGCUAUGCCUCGUCGGUUUUCAUCAUCCUCAUCGGCUUCAUCAUCGGCUAAAACAUCGGGAUCUGUUUCUGUUUCUAACUUGAUUGAUUUAGCUGGGUCAGAGAAAGCUGCGAGUGAUAUGGAAAGAAGAAAAGAAGGAGCUUUCAUAAAUAAAAGUUUAUUGACCCUUGGAAGCGUUAUAUCAAAAUUGACCGAUAGCUCUGGUGGGCAUAUACCUUUUAGAGAUUCAAAAUUAACAAGAAUUCUUCAAAGUUCUCUUGUUGGAAAUGCAAGGAUAUCUGUCAUUUGUACAAUUUCUCCAUCAUCAUUAAAUCUAGAGGAAUCAGUUAAUACUCUUAAGUUUGCCUCUCGUGUUAAGGAGCUCAUUGAUGAUAAGGCUUUAAUUAAGAAAUAUCGUAUGGAAAUUGAAGAAUUAAAAGCCCAACUCGAAAAAACUGGUACUUAUAAAGAAGAGGAAAUUUCUGUGAUGUUACAACAAGAAAGAUCCAAAUACGAAGAAAAGUUUAUGGAAAUGGAGCUUGUUAGAACUGCAUUAAAGAAGAGAAUAGAUGACUUGACGAGUUUGAUUUUAAAUAGCAAUUCAUUUGCUCCUUCUUCAUCACGAAAACCAUCUAAUGAUGCUGUUGUUGUUCCUGCAAUUGAUUCAAGGAUUCAUGAGUUUGAAAUGUUGAUUGAUGAUAAAAAUUUAAAGAUUGACUCAUUAACCUCUAAUAUUUCUGAAAAAACUGAAACGAUUAAAGAUUUGCAACGACAGUUGGAAGCAUUAAAGAAUACCAACAGGUCGGACUUAAAUUUGACAUUAACUGAACUGAAUGAAAAACUAAAAGAAAAGGAUGAUAAAUUAGUGUCGUAUUGUAAUUCGACAGAGGAGUUAGAAAUAAUUGUUAAGGAGGACAAGAAGCUUAUUAAAGAGAAGAAUUCCAAGAUUCAGGAAUUGUCAAAUAUUAUUGAAGAUGAUAAGAUACUAAUCAAUAAAAAAAAUGAGAAAAUUCAGGAAUUGUCAAAUAUUAUUGAAGAUGAUAAGAUACUAAUCGGUGAAAAAAAUGAGAAAAUUCAGGAAUUGUCAAAUAUUAUUGAAGAUGAUAAGAUACUAGUCAGUGAAAAAAAUGAGAAAAUUCAGGAAUUGUCAAAUAUUAUUGAAGAUGAUAAGAUACUAAUCAAUGAAAAAAAUGAGAAAAUUGAGGAAUUAUUAUCAGAAGUGAUAAAGAAAGAUGAUGCUGUUGAAGAAAGAAACACAGAAAUCAAGGAAUUGUCAUCAGAAUUGACAAUUAAAGAUAGAUCAAUCAGUGAGAAAAAUGUCAAGAUCCAAGAAUUAGCACUUGAAAUAUCAAAACUAGGCAAAAUUGUUGAUGAUGAUAAGAGAUUAUUCCAAGCAUUGUUAUUGGAUAUAUCAAAAAAUAACAAAACUAUAAACGAAUUGAAAAAUCAUUAUUGUGUAAAUACUAAAACAAUUAGAGGGCUUAAAGAACAACUAUCAAAGAAAGAUCAGGAGAUAAUUUUGUAUAAACAAAAACAAGAUUUUGAGGAGGAAUUAGAGGUGCAAAGGGUUAUUGAGCAAAGAAGCGGGUUAAAUUACUUCAUUAAGGAACACCUUAUUCCUUCAAACAAUUUCUUUUACGAUUUUAUUGGGGAAGUUGUGAUUCCUCUUAUCAUGAGUCGUGAACCUGAAAACCAAAUACCGAUGUUGAUGAAUGCUGGUAUUUCAAUGGUACAAAAGGUCAAAUUGCCAUAA